AUGAGCUACACGACGAGAGUUGAGCUAGCCGAGUGUGUCGAGAGCACAAUUACCGAAAUGGGCCUGCAGUGCAGGGAUCACGUAAUCGGCAACUGCCACCUGAGGGGCAUAAGCGGCGGCGAAAAGAAAAGGCUAAGCAUCGCCCUGGAGAUCGUAACGCAUUUUUGCCUGCUGUUCUUGGACGAGCCGACUAGCGGGCUUGACAGCGCAUCUGCAUUCAUCGUCGUGCAGGCCUUACGAAACAUUGCGCCCAAGGGCCAAACCAUUGUCUUCUCCAUUCACCAGCGGAGCAGCGAGUUUUUCACCCUCUUUUUUAUGACCUUCUACUCUUGUCGUCCGACGAGACUAUCUAUUUCAGGGAGGCUUGUUCCGCGAUCGAGUUCUUUGCAGAUGCAUGAUUUCCCGUGCCCACACAAAAGGAACCCGUCAGACCAUUUUCUUCGUUAUGUUAACUCGGACUUUGAUGAUGUCGCCAAUACUUUGAUCGGCUCCCAAAGAAUAUUGAGAGAUAUGAAUGAAGCCUUGAUGGGUUUGCAAAGGUUGAAAGUCCACUUCCGCUGA